GCCAAGAGAGACAGACAAAGCACUCAUUGGUGCCCUCUGCAACAGAACACUAUUAGGGGGCUGGCUGUAAAUUGACGUGGCAUGGAAAAUCUCUGCUCACUUUGUAGCAGUUUGUAUUUUUUUGAAAGAGGAGUAGUACUCCUGCUGAAUUUGUUGCCUGGUAUCCUUAAGAGCGGUUGUGCCUUGCUGUAAAUAUGGAGAGAAAAAUUCUCUUUUUUCUAACUUGGGAGCAGAAGAUUUUUUUCUGUUUGGAUGUUUGGUUAACAGCAAUAAAGAAGAUCUAAAACAGAUUGCUUGUUUUUAACCCGUCUUGUGAGAGAAGCCGAUUUUGUGCCUGCAGAGUUUCUUCCUUAGCUUCUUACUGUUCUCCUUAUACCCAUCCGUCAGGUCUUAAGAUGGGGUGUGGGCUGAGAAAGCUAGAAGAUCCAGAUGACAGCAGUCCUGGAAAAAUAUUUUCAACGCUAAAGAGACCGCAAGUGGAAACAAAAACAGACUCUGCUUAUGAGUACAUAUUGCUGGAUUUUACAUUAGAAGUUAUCUCAAAUCCAGAAAUUAUCAAAAUAUGCUCUGUUUUGGAUAUUGCAAAGAACGUGGAGGAGUAUUAUAAUAAAGGAUAUGUGGUAGGAGCUAUUCAUCCUGUUUUACUGUCAUCUGGACAAAGAAGGCAUUUUCCAGCAAGUCACAUCUAUCGAGUUGUGCUUGUGCGUCUCAAAUUCAGCCACAAGAAUCCACCAAUGAGAGAACCAAGACCCAGGCUUGUGAUUGAAGAGUGUCCUUUAACAUAUGAAAAACUAACAAAUGAGGCAGUUAAGGAAGUGUUAGAGAAGGUCAAUGAUGCUGCUAAAAGAGGAAUGAAGUUUGUUGGGUUUAUAACCCAAUCUUGCUCUCAAUCUAAAAUCUGCAAUGGUACAAACCUGGGCGAAGAUAUGGAGUCUGACUCGACACUAUGCAGAAGGAACAGAGAGCAGAGGAGCCAUGAUUCAGAGGAAAAUGUUAGAAUCUGGAAUGAAGGGACACUGAGUAGUCAAUCCUCUGAGAGUGGAAUACAGGAAGAAAUUCAGCUGGACAUCAGGCCAGCACAAAAGACUGAUUUUCAAGAGGGAAUAGAAGGCUGUCCCAGCCCGAAUAAAUUAAAGGAAAAAGAAGACACCAAACUAUAUACAGUUUUCAAUGUCUUUGAAGAUGAUUCCAUCAGUUGGACCUAUCAUGACAGUAUUUUGUCUCUGAAAGUGUCACGGAAAGGACCUGUGAUUAGUACAUUGGAUGCUGAUUGGUUAGAUUUAACCACAUUUUAUUACAAACAAGGGUUAUCAUUAAUUGACUCCUUUGUGUGUUGGGAAGCCUCUAAAGCUGACUUUGGGCUCAAAUCAUUAGAAGGGUUAUUUAUAUAUGAAGAAGAACCGGGGUUUCCAGGUUCGGAGAAGAAAGGAAAUGAUGCUAUUGUUGUAGAACAAUGGACUGUCAUUGAGGGCAGUGAAAUCAAAACUGAUUAUGGUCCUUUACUGCACACUUUGGCUGAAUUUGGCUGGCUUUUAACAUGUGUGUUGCCUACUCCUGUCAUCCGACUGGACAGUGAAGGCAAUCUAGCCACUAAGCAAGUUGUUUUCCUUCAGCGGCCAGCUAUGGGGAACCCAGCUGUCCAGAUACCUGAGAAAAAAACUACUAAGCAAUUUGGAGAAGAAAAGUUGAACAUAAGAAGUGGAAAAAUUGGAUCAGACACAGCUACUUCUCAGCCUGUCCAGCACAUGCAACCUACAGAGGAAUUCCAUAUAGCACCUUCUCCAGAGUGUUGGCCCACGGAUGAAUCUGCCCAGUAUGGAAGCUUCCCUGCAUUCAAGAGCAGUGAUGGCAUGCUUAGAGAACUGGAGGAAGGACAGUUUGACCAAGAAGAUGGAGUCACUCAGGUUACUUGUAUGUGACCAGAAAAUUACUAAGAGGAACCUAUAGGUAUUUUUAAUGUAAAAAUGUAAUAUUUUAUUAAUAUGCAUAGGCAUAUUUGUUUGUUUCCUCAGCCAAAUAGGUAUAUGUUGGAGUCGUUUUUGCCAACUGCGUUGAGGAAUCUAUGGAACUAUUUCUAUUGCAUUUAUAGAAUUAUUAACUUGUACAUUAGGUCAAUUGUAUUAGUAUGUUACAUUCCUAGAACAACGCUAUAAACUGCUGGUGGCCCUCUUUGCAAUCUUCCUGGCAACUGGAAAGGAAACGGCUAUAGACAAGCUGUUGACUUUUGCCCUGUUGGAAAGCAUAACCUUUUAUACAGUGUGACAAUAUGAUGCAAUAAUACUGCUAUACCCUUAUAAACAUAAUAAGGAUUAAGAAUAAAUUAAAAUGGUUUCUAAACAACCGUGUCAUUACUGAGCUUUACUUUUACUCUCAUUGUUUUUAAAAUACUAAAAUUCAAAUGGUGAUCAUAAAACCUUUUGCUGAAAUAUCUGAGUUCUUUGUAACAUGAGAUUGUUGAGAAGUUGAAGAAAUAAAGUUUUGCCCAAAUGCCUUUAGAUUCUGUCCUGGGAAGGCAUGA